AGCAACACAACAGAAAGAACUACUUUUUGUUUGCUCUUCCAACUCCUCCGGAGGGCUCACUGAACCUUGUCUUGUGACUACGGUGCUUCCACCUGCCAGGAACCAUGGCUGUACCCAUAAACCCUAUGGAUGAGCCAAGGAUGUACCAACAGACGCUGCUCCAGGACGGCUUGUACGACCUGCUGGAGAACGACAAGUUGGUCGACUGUGUGCUGAAGAUUGGAGGGAAGGAGUUCCCCUGCCACCGGCUGGUCUUGUGUGCCUGCAGCUCCUAUUUCCGUGCCAUCUUUCUGUCUGACCUGGAGGAGAGCAAAAAGAGGGAGAUCGUCUUGGAGGAUGUGGAGCCAGGUGUCAUGGGCCUGAUCCUUAAGUACCUGUACACCUCCAACAUUAAUGUCAAUGAGCAGAACGUGCAGGACAUCUUUGCUGUGGCCAACAUGUUUCAGAUCCCCUCUAUCUUCACUGUCUGUGUCUCUUUCCUCCAGAAACGACUGAGCCUUAGCAACUGUCUGGCCAUCUUCAGGCUGGGGCUGAUGCUGGACUGCCCCAGGCUGGCUGUCUCUGCCCGCAACUACGCCUGCGAGCGCUUUCAACUCAUUGCCAGAGAUGAAGACUUCCUUCAGCUGGGCACUAGUGAGCUGGCAGCCAUCUUGACAUCAGACGCCCUGAAUGUCGAGACGGAGGAGAUGGUGUUUGAGGCUUUGAUGGGCUGGGUGUCCAAAGACGUAGAGAACAGAAAGAAGGAGCUGCCAGGCCUGCUGGACUGCAUUCGUCUGCGUCUGGUCACCGAGGAAUACCUUAACGAGAAGGUGGAAAGACAUGAACUGAUGAAGUCUGACCCUGAGAUUGAGAAAAAACUGCAGCUGGUCAGAGACGCUCACGCUGGGAAACUGCCAGUGGUGAAAACAGCCAGAAGCAAGAAGGACAAAAGCACAGAGAAGGGGGAUGGCGGAGCGGAAGAAAAUGGAGAGAAGGAGGAGGAGGAGGAAGGGGAAGCUCUUCUUCCGGGGAUCCUGAAUGAUAACCUGCGAUUCGGCAUGUUCCUCAGGAACUUGAUAUUGAUGGUGAAUGACACAGGUGCUGUGGCCUACGACCCCGCAAACAACGACUGCUAUGUGGCCUCGCUCUCUACACAGAUUCCCAAGAACCACGCCAGCCUGGCCACCAAGGAGAACCAGAUCUUUGUGGCAGGGGGGUUAUUCUUCGACGAAGAGAACAAAGAUGACCCACUGAGUUCGUACUUCCUACAGUAUGACCCAUUCAGUGCUGACUGGCUUGGGAUGCCUCCCAUCCCCUCUCCCCGCUUUCUGUUCGGGCUGGCCGAGGCCCACAACUCCAUCUUUGUGAUGGGAGGCAAGGAGCUGAAGGAGCAGGACCGCACACUGGAUUCUGUUCUGGUCUAUGACAGACAGUCUUUCAAAUGGGGCGAGUCGGAGCCUAUUCCCUACCCGGUCUACGGACACGCAACUGUGUCCCAUAAUGACGUUGUCUAUGUGAUUGGGGGGAAGGAAGACAACAAGAGGUGCCUGAACAGAAUGUGUGCGUACGACACCAAGUGUUUUGAAUGGAAGGAGCUAGCUCCCAUGAAGUGUGCCCGCUCCCUGUUUGGAGCCACCGCACACAAGAACAAGAUCUACGUGGCGACAGGAGUCAAGGACACUGGCCUGACAAACACGGUGGAGGUCUACGACAUCGAGACCAACAAGUGGUCGGACUUUACCGAGUUUCCUCAGGAGCGCAGCUCCGUCAGCCUGGUGUCGGUGGCGGGGCUGCUGUACGCCGUGGGCGGCUUCGCCAUGAUGCCUGUGGAGGACAGCGAUGAACUGGUACCAAAAGAGAUGAAUGACAUCUGGAGGUAUAAUGAAGCUGAGAGGAAGUGGAACGGGAUCCUCAAAGAGAUCCAGUACGCCUCAGGGGCCACUAUUCUGGGGGUCCGCCUGAACACCUUACGGCUCACCAAGAUGUGACCGCCACCCCCACCACCACCACCCCCCGCUUCCUUUCUGAAGCUUCGGCCUCUCAACCAUGCUGGUUAACCGGGGUCCUCGCUGGUUAAUAGGAGUCCAAACAUGGCUGCCAACAUGCUCAGUGGUUACACGGCUGAUGGGAUACAAUCACACAUCCAAGGAUGACGGACGGAUGUGGACUUCUGGGAAAAUCAGCAUUGCAUGUUUGAGGUCCCUUUUUUCCCCCGUGAGCUGGAGCAUAACGGAUUUGAUAUACUAGUACACAGUACUGCAGUUGUGUAACGGGUGAUUUUCAUUCUUGAUUGGUUGAAUUUUUAUAUUUGUUGUUGUAAUUUGUGUUUCUAAAGCUUUUGACUAAAUGACUCUGUGAA